AUGCUUCCCCCGCGUCAACCACCUUCAAUCUCAUCUAAUUCAGAAGACACCUCCAACGGAACGUCUCCGGUAACACCCCUCUCAGAUGACCAGCAGCAGCAAAACGAUAGCGACGAUUCAAUGACUCGAUCAAAUCGCCGAAAGCGCGAAAGCCCAAAGGAGAAGAUACUCUCCGAGGUGAGGGGGUUGGUAGGGCUGAAAGAAGUCAAAGAACAGUUUGACAAUAUCGAGAGCUGCAUUCGCAUAUGCCACCUCCAGCAAACAAAUCCCGGAGCAGAGCGUUGGCAUGCUGUUUUCCAGGGAAAUCCAGGAACGGGGAAAACCACUGUUGCUCGACUAUAUGCGAAAUUCCUGCGAUGCAUGCGCAUCGUCAAAUCGCGAACAUAUAAAGAGACCUCUGGAGCACAACUCGUGUGUAUGGGACCGAAUGGGGUCAAAGAACUGUUUGAGCUAUCUGGUAACAACAUGGUUCAGAGGUUGAGAGCUCAACAGAUGCAAGCGUACCGCGACAGCCACCCCGAUAACGAAGACGAAGACGAAGACGAUGAUCCAGCGUCGUUCAAACGCGCCAGCUCUUCGCUGGAGCCUGGCUGUCUAUCGGAUGGAGGUGUUUUGUUUGUGGAUGAGGCAUACCAACUCACAGCUCCACAUGUACCAAGUUCCGGGCGUCAAGUUCUCGAUAUCAUCCUCACAGAGAUUGAGAACAAUAUUGGCAAUCUAGUUGUCAUAUUCGCGGGAUAUAAAGAGGAGCUGGAAUCUUUUUUCGGACACAAUCCAGGACUACAGAGUCGAAUACCACAUACCCUGCAAUUUGAGGAUUUUAACGACCAAGAAUUGCUACACAUUCUCGCCAAUCGGAUUCAGAAAAAAUACAACAAUAAGAUGAAUGCUGAAGAUGGACUGUAUGGAAAGUUCAUGAGGAUAGCUAUCCGUCGACUAGCCCGCGGCCGAGGGAAGAAAGGAUUUGGCAACGCUCGUGCUGUGGAUAACGUCUUACUCAAAAUAUGGGAGCGACAAGCUAAGCGACUAUCCAAGUAUAAGGGUUUAACGCAGAGUCAGGUUUUCACAUUUACGAGAGAAGACAUACUGGGGCCAAAUCCUGCCGACGUGAGACUUACAAGCGCAGCUUGGGCUAAACUUCAACAGCUUACUGGACUGGAGGAAGUCAAAAAGUCGAUUAAUAACAUGUUCGAGGCGCUUGUGAUGAAUUACCAACGAGAAAUGGCCGAACAAGCACCAUUGAUCUUUUCAUUGAAUAGGAUCUUUGUCGGAUCACCAGGUACAGGCAAAACAAGUGUUGCCAAAUUGUACGGCCAGAUAUUGGUUGACUUGGGCUUACUUAGUAAUGGCGAGGUGGUUACCAAGAAUCCUGCAGAUUUUAUCGGAGAGGCUGUCGGGAAAUCAGAAGCAAACACCAAGUCUAUCCUGGCUGCAACGGUCGGCAAAGUCCUCAUCAUUGACGAGGCCUAUAUGUUAGAUCCAGGAGAGGCGUCUAAGCGCGGUGAUACAUACAGAGCCUCUGUGCUUGAUACACUGGUUGCUGAAGUGCAAAGUGUACCCGGAGAAGAUCGCUGUGUGAUUCUUCUCGGAUAUGAAGAUAGGCUAAAGGAGAUGUUUCGCAACGCCAACCCAGGACUCCCCGGGAGAUUUGCCGCAGACAAACCAUUUCGGUUCGAAGACUUUACCACAACGCAACUUUGGGAUAUAUUGAAUAAGAAAUUAGUGUCUCGAAACUUACAGGCAACGAAAGAAGGAUUAGCGACCGCGAUAGACGUCUUGAAUCGAUCCCGAAUGCGCCAAGGCUUUAGCAAUGGAAGAGAAGUGGAUAUUAUUCUGUCUUCAGCAAUGGAAAACCACUUACAAAAGCAUUCGAAGACAAAUGGGUCUACUUAUGGCCAUGAUAUGAUCCUAGCUCCAGAGGAUUUUGAUCCAGACUACGGCCGAGCCAGAUAUGCGGCAACUAAUUGCCGGGCCGCCCUACAAAAUCAGGUAUCGAAUUCCAUCAUCAGUCAAUUGGAAGAAUACCAGCGACUACUCAAUAUUACUAAACUACGAGGGGUUGGUGGUGCUUCUCUUGUCCCAACCUCAUUCGUCUUUAAGGGACCGUCAGGUACUGGAAAGACAACAGUUGCUCGAUAUAUGGGCGCUUUAUUAUACGACCUAGGGCUCAUUGCCACCAAGACAUUCGUCGAGUGCUCUGCGUCAGACUUUAUUGGCGAGCACGUCGGUCAUACAGCUCCCAAGACCAGAGCACAAUUUGAAAAGGGCCUGGGAGGGGUACUAUUUAUCGACCAUGCCCAUCAACUUAACCAGGGCGGAUACGGUACCGAAGCGAUUAAUGAGUUCGUCCGUCUUCUUCAGAAGCACAGCGGGAAAAUCGUCAUCAUUCUAGCGGGCCCUUCUGAGGAGAUCGAGUCGCUCAUGGCAAAAGCACACGGGCUCGAUAGCUCCUUUUUUAAGGAAAUACUCUUUCAAGAGCUCACGGCCCAAGAAUGCAUGGCUUUCCUAAUGAGAAUACUAAGUGAAAAUGGAAUCAACGACUGUUUCUCCUCCAAUCAAGAGGUCCAGCAAAUUUUCACAAAUCAGUUCGGAAUACUGUCAAACUCAACUCAUUGGAAGAACGCCAGCGACGUGAAAUCAUUGUCACAGUGGAUGGUCAUGGAUGCUCUGACAAAUUGGAUCCCUCAAGGACAAGGCAGCAUAGGGCCCUGUCUCUCAAUCGAGAGGGCAAAUUAUUACUUCCAGAAAAUGUUCGACAAGAAGACAGCCAUGCAAAUGAGCGACCUUAACAAUUUAAUGGGACUCUUCCGCCAAGCGGACUCUGCUCACAUGGCGAACAGUUUCCACCACAUGUCAGAGGACAAGCUAGAGGCCAAAGUUGAAGCCACGGUUAAUACACAAGCUGUACACGCAGCCACAGACAUGAAGGUUUCAGUAGACGUGGAAAAGACAGCGCAUGUGGCUUACGAUGAGCAGCAGGACAAAGUCAAAUCUUUACAAGAAGCUCUGAAGUUGAUAGGUCAAUGCGAGGCGGGUUAUGACUGGGUUAGAGAUGGAAGCGGCUACAGGUGCAAGGGUGGAAGUCAUUAUGUGACUGACGAGCAGAUACAAUCUUAUUCCUCAUGA